UCCCUUCCAGCAAAUGGAUCCUUUUGUUUUUUUGCGUAAAGAUUACAAACUACAAAGCUUUUGUGAUUUUAACAACUCUUCACUUUCUAUGAGUAUACAAUAUUAGAAUUUGACUUAUUCAGUUGAGUACAGUUUUAUAGAGAAGAAAAGCUCAUGGACAAGGACUUGUCUUCAUGCUCGGUGACACCAGUUUCAAGAUGUGAAAACCAUUUUGUAAGGAAAGAAGAAGAUAGAAAUAAAGAGAUGGAUAGAUUAGACUCGAUUUUUCAGUUAUCUGACUUGACACUAAAAAUUGGCAACAGAAAGCUUUAUGUUACUCAGGAAGAGUUUAAACAGAUAUCAGUGGUUUUUGAGAAAAUGUUAACCAGUGAUUUUCAAGAGAAGAAAAAGAAUGAAAUAGUUUUCACUGGGAAGGAUUAUAAAAGUUUUGUCUUGUUCAUACGUGUAGCACAUCCAGGUAUCCAGGAUCCAUUUGAGGAGGACACCAUACACCAGAUUUUGCCUCUGAUUGAUGAAUACCUAGCAGAAGAUGCCAGAAUAAGGGCAGAUUGGUAUCUCACAAAGUUGGUGAAGAAGAAAAGUGACUCUAUAACUUCACCACAAAUUGUCCAAAACAUUAUAGAAGCAGAAAAAUACAAGUUACCUAAGUAUCUCAAUGCCUGCAUGAAUGUUGCAUGUCGAAAGGUAUUUAACAAGUUAUCACAUGAUGCUGACUUUGAACAUAUUUCACUGGAGACAAGAUUCAAGAUUAGCCUACAUAGAUGGAAACUUACAGAUGAAUGCUACGAUCAAGCAACCAAAGCCUACAGCAUGAAUCAGACAACAAAACAACUUGGGGAAGCUGUUUAUAAUAUGAUCAAAAAUAAUUAAACUUUUGUCAUGCUUAUUGCCUAUCCCUAAAGAACAAAAAUCAUAAUACAUAUUAUGA